AUGGAGGUUGUUGAACGGAUGAAAGGGAAACGGGUUAUUAAACCGAUUGUUUACGGGAAUACAGCUACACCAUUUGGUUAUAAAAGAGAGUCGGAUCAACACACUCACCAGUGGACAGUAUUUCUGAAGAUGUUUAAUGACGACGAUCCUUCGGAUUUUAUUCGAAAAGUCCAGUUCAAACUUCAUGACAGUUACGCUGUUAACACAAGAGUUUGCGACAAACCUCCCUAUGAAGUUACCGAAACUGGAUGGGGAGAAUUUGAGGUGCAGAUGCGGAUUUAUUUCUCUGAUGUAAAUGAAAAGCCGGUGACCGUGUUUCACUAUCUCCGAUUAUUUCAACCUGUUUUCACUCUACCGAACGGUACAACUCAAGUGAUUGCAGAACAUUAUGAUGAAAUUGUGUUUCAAGAGCCGACCAUACCAAUGUACAAGGUUUUGACAGCUGGUGAUGGUAAAAAGCACGAUAGGAAGAAAUUCCACGCUGAUUUAAUGCAAAUAUGUCGUCGGACGGUGCAGAAUGUUAAUGUGGCAAAGGAGGAGAUUCAACAAGAGAUCGACGAUUUGCGCGAAUCACUACGUGCUGCACACAAGCUUACACUACGUUAUAAGGCAGGAAAUGAUCCCGAUUCGAACAGUUCAACUCCUGAUGUUUCCAUAUGUCAGUAG